GUAGCCAGAAUCCUCUAUAAAAAGAAAUCUGGGGGAGCCUCGGGUACCCAGGACUGAAUAAACGAAGAAGUCUGGGAAGUGUCUCUCCAUCUUCAUCUGCCAUGAAGCUCUCUCUGGCUGCUCUCGUCUUCCUCCUCCUCGUGGCCACCUUUGCCCUGGCUGAUGCCUCUUCAGGGGAAGACACCAAGGAGACCCAGAAUGAGGCUCGUGAUGGCUCAAGCCACUGCUGCACAAAAUAUGACAGGAGACCCAUUCCACUCAAGCUCCUGGUUAGCUAUGAGUAUGCAGGCAGUACCUGCCCCCUGCCGGCUAUCAUAUUCCUCACAAAGGGGAACAAAAGGAUCUGCACCAACCCCGAUGAUCAGUGGGUCAAGGAUCGCAUCCACAAACUACCCCCGCCAUAGAGACAACGUCCCUCCCCAUCCUUCUCCACAGGAAGAAAACAGAGUCCAGGGCUCAAGCUGCUUUGAACGCCAGAAAAAAACAGACGUGCAAAAA